UAAAGGUAGGUUGCAUUGCGCUGAGGAGCUGUUGUUGAGUCACCGGUAGAAGAACCGUUACUCGGCCGAGAAAAGCCGACAACUGAGCCUAUAGUUCUCCACUUAUACCUCCAAUAUCCACAUAUUCUUCUCCACGGGAUUGAAAUGUUACACUUUCGGUCAUCUGUGGUGCUGAAGGAGUUAUUUCAGACCCAGCUGAAGCGUCCGUUGCCGGGUAGAGUCGGUAAAGCGUCGCCACAGACACCACCGACCUCCACCUCCGCAGCCUGCAGCUUCAGCAUCAGCACCAGUAGUCUGGAGGCGAGGUCGCCUGGCAACGGGAGGACAUUCACCCAGCAGCAUCUCCUCAUCACCAGGAGGCACAACGUGAGAGGCUUCUGCUCCAAGGGUGACGGCCAUAAUGAAACCAGCAAGGGCGACGGCCACAAUGAAGCUGUCAAGGACUCUUCUGCAGAGAAGAGAAGGAAGGCAGGCAUCCUGCCCAGCCUGGAGGACCUGCUCUUCUACACCAUCGCAGAGGGCCAGGAAAAAAUCCCUGCACACAAAUUCACCACAGCGCUUAAAGCCACGGGGCUUCGCACGGGAGACCCCCGGCUGAAAGAAUGUAUGGAGAUGCUGAAGGUGACCGUGAAGACGACCUCUGACGGAGCACUGGACCGACACCUCUUCAAAAAGUGUGUCCAGAGCAACAUUGUUCUGCUCACCCAGGCCUUCAGGAAGAAGUUUGUCAUCCCAGACUUCCAGUCCUUCUGCGGUCACAUGGACGAGCUCUUUGUCAAAGCCAAAAACAUGUCUGGAGGGCAGGUGGCCGACUACAUCCCCCAGCUGGCCCGCUUCAGCCCAGAUCUGUGGGCCGUCUCCCUGUGCACCGUCGAUGGACAGAGGCACACUGUCGGUGACACCAAGGUUCCUUUCUGUCUGCAGUCAUGCGUGAAGCCGCUGAAAUACGCCAUCGCCGUUCACGACCACGGCACAGAGUACGUGCACCGCUUCAUUGGCAAAGAGCCCAGCGGCCUGCGAUUCAACAAGCUCUUCCUGAACGAGGAAGAUAAACCACACAACCCCAUGGUUAAUGCUGGCGCUAUUGUUUGUACCUCCCUCAUUAAGCAAGGGGCAAGCAACGCUGAGAAAUUUGAUUAUGUCAUGAACUUCAUGAACAAAUUGGCUGGAAACGAGUACGUGGGUUUCAGCAACGCCACUUUCCAGUCAGAGAGAGAGUCUGGAGACAGAAACUUUGCCAUCGGCUACUACCUGAAGGAGAAGAAGUGUUUUCCAGAGGGGACAGACAUGACCUCCAUCCUCGACUUCUACUUCCAGUUGUGCUCCAUUGAGGUGACCUGCGAGAGCGCCAGCGUCAUGGCGGCGACCCUGGCCAACGGCGGCUUCUGUCCAAUCACAGGAGAGCGUGUGCUGAGCCCUGAGUCGGUGCGAGACACUCUGAGUCUGAUGCAUUCCUGCGGCAUGUACGACUUCUCCGGACAAUUUGCUUUCCAUGUCGGUCUGCCGGCUAAAUCUGGUGUCGCCGGUGGGAUUCUGCUGGUUGUUCCAAACGUGAUGGGCAUCAUGUGUUGGUCUCCUCCACUGGACAAGCUGGGCAACAGCGUCCGAGGCAUCCAGUUCUGCACGGAUCUGGUUUCCCUUUGUAACUUCCACAACUAUGAUAACCUGAGACACUUUGCUAAGAAACUGGAUCCUCGCAGGGAGGGAGGAGACCAGAGGGUAAAGUCAGUGAUCAAUCUGCUGUUUGCUGCUUACACCGGAGAUGUCUCAGCCCUGAGGAGGUUUGCAUUGUCCUCCAUGGACAUGGAGCAGAGGGACUAUGACUCCAGGACGGCCCUGCAUGUGGCUGCUGCUGAAGGACAUGGUGAGGUGGUUCGCUUCCUGCUGGAGGCCUGUAAAGUCAACUCAGUUCCCAAAGACAGGUGGGGGAACACACCGAUGGAUGAAGCGGUCCACUUUGGCCACCACGACGUGGUGACCAUCCUCCGUGAUUACCACACCCAGCACAGCCCUCAGGAAAGCACCGACGACAAAAAGAACGCAGAGAAGAACCUGGACGGUAUGCUCUGAUGGGAAACACCUGAAGAAAAGAAGCUGGAUGGUUGACAGUUCUGUAAGAUCAAUCAACCUGGACGGUGUGAGAAAACGUCUUAAAUUCUAUUAAAUAACCACACAUAGAAAACAGUUAAGAACAUUAAAACAACCCAGACAAUAAACCGUACGGUAGAAAAAUUCCUUUAGAAACAACUUAAAUGAAACGUAACAGUCCCCUUACACACAGGACCACAGUGUAAACACUCCUCAUCAUGCUAUUAGAUGUUGUUGGUUUUUGUAAUAUAUUAAUUUAUGUACUUUGAGUGGGGAAAAUAUUAUUUCAUUUCUCCUUCUGUAUUUUGUCAUCAGCUUCGUAGCUUUGUAGGAAGUAACCAGCUGCCACGUUGAAUGCUGGGUAAAUUCAGCUACGGCUGGUACGUCAACGGACUCCGUUAUUUACUUUUAAAUUGUCGUUUUAUUCUGAAAGCAGGAAAUAGCAGGCGUUUCGUACCCUGGUUCAAGACCUUUGACACUUCAUCAUCACAAUGUGGUGGAAUGUAUCUUCCCCAAAACACUUUGGUGUGUGUGAUAUUUAUUUAUCUAUUUAAGAUAAAAUGUACAUUCAUGUAGUGUGUGUGUAUUCCUGAGACGAGGAUAAAUUAGUGUAAAUACAUGUAAUAUGUGUAUAGUUGUGUUUCUGUAGUCGAACAGCUGGAUUCAGCUUUGAUCACAAGGUCACUGGUUCACUGAAACUCUGGAAACUGUCAGUAUUUAAAUUUUAAAUAUAUGAAUAUUUAAAUCUAAACUGGUAAAUAUUUAUCAUUUAAAGGUGAAUAUGAGUUAAAAGCUUUUUAUUUUGCCAUUUAAUGGCUGUUUUUGUUUUUACCCCCCCCAAAACUGUAUUUUUAUUUUUCACCGUGACAUUGUAUUAUUUGAUAUUUAUUUUUUGUAACAUAAGGAAAUAAUGUAAGCAAGUCAGCCAAAGUUCAGGUUGUCUGUUGAAAGAGUUUCUAAAUAUCCUAUAUGACACUGCCAGUGCUGACAGCAGCUUGAAUUACUGUAAACAUCCAACAAUAGAAGAAGUUUGUUUUGUACUUUUACGUUUGCACUCAACAAUAGAAAAAUACCUAUAAUCAGCCGACACACACACACACACAACUAUUAUAUAUUCUACUGGACAUCACAGCGUUUCCUAAAUAAUUCCUAAAUUCCUCUACAAAGCUCAACCUCUAAUUUAACCCUUAAUUUAGACUUUAAAGCUCUCUGAUUGGUGGUUUCCUACAGCAAUGCUCUCUGGGACUUGUCUCCUAAAUGUAUGGCCACUUUAAAGCAAAACGUAUUUGUACUGAGGAUUUAACUCUGAGAGUUUUAUUUUCAUUCAAAGAGUUGAAAAUGUCCUGACAGACAGUCACCUAAUGUUAAAAUCAAUAAACACAUUAAACUGAACCCCGAAAAAAUGUAAUAUUUUUCUGUGUUGAGUGCACCGGUUCCUUUCAUUUCGUGUUGUGAUCCAGUGGUGUUUAAAUUUAUUUUCAUUGCUAUCAAUCUAAAUAUGUUUUUCAAAACAAGGCUUUUAAUGCAGGAAAUGUGUAGACUCUGUAAUGUAUCACAUGAAUUAUGAUGGUUUUUAUGUAAACACGUGUUCCUGCAGAGGACUCAGGAAGGUCCAGGCUGUUUCCACAACAGAUCUGAAACACUAAAAACAAAACUGAAGGAGCUUUAUAUUGCAGACGGAUUGUUGUUAUUUUUUUUAUUUGUAAUGUGCAGAAGAAUCUGAACGUGAACGGUUGUGCAGAUGUUUAGUUUUUCCAGAGGUUUUGUGUGUUUGUAGCGUGUUGGAAAUGGAUGUUGUUUCUGUACAAAAAUCUGGCAAUCAACAUGUCUGUGAAAUUUACAAUCCACACUUCAAAUUUAGUACAUUUUUAUUCCUCAGGUUGGGAUCAGUUCAUUCAGUUUGAUUGAAAUUGUUAUUUAAAAGUCUUUAAGUUAAAAUGGAUUAAAAGAAGCACAAAAUUGUACCUAAAAAAAAUGCAAUAUUUGAAAACAAUUAGCAAUACAUGUGUAAUGAUUGUAAAAUUAAAUUAGCAAUAUGGAUUUGAGCUGAUCCCGACCUGCAGCUCCACUCAGCUGUCGUAGAUACGAAGCGAUCUGACUGAAGUAUUCUGAAUGUAAUGUGUUUGGUGUCGUUCUGUUUCUUCUUCAUGUAUAUUUAUGCUGCUGAGUGUCGCAGGCAGUUCGGAUAUUUAUUCACAGAUCAAACAUUUAAUAAAAGUUAUAAAAAUCAAA